GAUUAAUCGAUGUUGCUUUGCUUUGCACCUGCGUGUUUGACAUGCAGCUAUCUAUGAAAUUCGUGUCAUGUGAGACUGUGGAAAAUAACACGUUUGGGUGCUUUGUUUCUUCUGUUUUAUAAAUCUUCAAUCGUCUCGAAAAUGUUUUCGUCUACGUGGAAUUUUCUGAAACGCCACAAAAGGAAAUUUAUUUUCGCUGGAGCGUUUGUCGGAGGUAGCUAGCUACGCUAUCAAGAUAGCAGUUGGCUAACUAGCUUACCGUUAACAUUAGCUAGCAAAGUUGGCUAGGUAGCCAGAAUGUUACCUGUGUGGGUCUGGACGUUAUCAGAUAUGAUAACUAUGAAGAUUAUGCAUAUAUGAAGCUAAGUUAUAUCUACCAGUAAAUGGCUAGAAAAUGAAUGUCAUGAAAAAUAAUAAUGAUAGGUAAAUAUAGUUAAUAGCUAAUGUUGCUGCAUUCAUUCUAGCUACCUUGACUUUCUGUUUGCCUGUUCCAGGUGUGUACUUUCUUGGUAAAUAUGCCCAAAAGAAAAUCCAAGAGAUACAGGAGCGUGAGGCAUCAGAGUACAUCGCUCAAGCUCGACGUCAGUUCCACUUCGAGAGUAACCAGAGAACGUGCAACAUGACAGGUACAGUACUGCUGUCUGCCUGAUCGGUACAUCACUUUCAGCCUACUAACAGUCCCUGAAAUCUCCUGCAACGCUCAUUAUGUCAAGUGAUAUAGUUACUACAGUGUUGAUUCAUAUUCCUAGUUGUGCAGUUAUUAUUUUAAUUUUUUUACAGUGUUGUCAAUGCUCCCUACAUUAAGAGAAGCCAUCUUACAUCAUCUAAACUCUGAGAGCCUCACUGCACUGCUGAAGAGCAAGUAAGUGUCUCAUGGCCUCUGUCAGAGGGAAAUGCUUUAGCUAUAGCUCAGCAACAUUAUUAGUUUAAGGUAUUAUUAAUGACAUCUGUUUCUCUUCUAGACCAGCAAAUAAGCUUGAAAUAUGGGAGGACCUGAAGAUUAUCAGUAAGUUAUUAUUCCUUAACAGCAAUUAUUUUGUGAAUCAAUAACUAAAGUGAUUUGAUCACUUGAUGUACAGGUAUGUCAUGGAAUCACUUCUCUUUUUCCUAUUCCCCCAGGUUUCACCCGAAGUGUCGUGGCUGUGUACAGUACCUGUAUGUUGGUUGUUUUACUCCGUGUCCAGCUCAAUAUCAUUGGUGGCUACUUAUACUUGGACAACUCUGUCAGCAAGAGCGGAAUGGUAAGCCUUUAAGCUUCAAUCUCUUGUACCCUAUGGGGUAGGUUCAAUUCCCAGACACACAUUUAGCCUAGUACUGGACUGAAAAGCUAACUCAAUGGAGAAUCUCUAUUGAAAAUGGUUUUUGGUUCAGGAAUUAGCUUAAUAUGUGUCCAGAAAACUGCCCCAAAAUGUUGGAUGUGGGGUGGUUUAUAAAUGCAAUUUCUGUGUUCUUUGCUCCACCAGAUGCCCUUGGCCCCUCCGGACGUGCAACAACAGUACCUCUCCAGCAUCCAGCACCUCCUUGGGGAUGGUAAGAGACAUUUACAGGGCUUUCUGAAAUAGCUAGGGCUGUAGUAUAACAAGUCCUCAGACAUGCUGUGUUGAUUAGCCUAAAUGAGUCCCACAGGCUGUAAAGCAUCCUUGCCUUUUACGGAUUCUCUCUGACUCACAAGGGUUGAGUGAGAUGAUAACAGUGGUGAAGAAAGCUGUGCAGAACACAUUGGGCGGGUGAGUCAGACAGUGCCAGCCACAUGCACACAUUGCACAGCAGCAUCUCAAACCACAUUAGGAGGAUUGUUAAGUCAUAUGUGAUGCUUUAGCCUGUCUGUCAGUGACCGUGUCUCUGUGUGUCUGUCUCCCCCCCCCCCCCCCCCAGGGUGUCCCUGAAGCAGAGUCUGUCCCUGCAGGAGCUGGAGCAGCACCUUAACCAGAUCAGAGUCCAGGUGGAGGAGGGGGACAGGGGCUCCACACACAGACCUCUCUCCUGGUACAUGAUGCCUGACGAGGAGAACACUCUGGCUGCACAGGUGACAGCCCACACCUGCCCCUGGGACUCCUAAUCCCAGCGCCACUAUGCAGGGGUUGGAACAAAAAUUAUUUUCCAAUCGUUUAGUUCUGAACAGAACCAUUAUUUUUUUCGUACUGUUCCGACCAGCAAACCAAAACAGCAAACGGUGUAGUAGGGGGCGAGAUGCAACUGAAAUUUUGCGGGUGAAGCGAGUGGGGAUGGAGGCAUCUUGUUAUGACAUGCAUUAUCUGAAUUAGGCCCACAGAAUUAUAUCUACGGAGGAGUGGCUUCUAUGGAGGAACUUUGAAUGUCUUUGAACUUCCGAGUUGGUUUAACGUUAGACCAGAGAAAAUGUUAGCUAGCUAGCUAAAAACACAUCUUUCCUUUUUUGUAGUUAAUAAAUCCAAUGUGAAGUGUGUUAACUAUAGUAUCCUUAACUAACAUUGGAAAAGAUUAAUACAUUAUUUUAAACAUCUCUCCCUAAUGCCUGAAUCAUGCUUUUUAUUGGUAUGAAUCUUGUCCUAGAGGCAGUACUAAGCGAGUUCCACUAGAUGGGCUAGCUGUAGGCUACAGUAACCUAUGCUUCAGAGGGGAGGGGCAGGUAGCCUACACACACACACACCCACUGGCAAAGAUUUCCAGCUGGCAGGCAGAUGCUGGAAUACGUUUCUCAAUGACAGAGUGAGGGCUUUGCGUGGGCUAUUUGUUAGGAUUUUUGUGGGACUGGGAAAAAAUGCCCGGAACAUUAUUAACCGGUUCCCAAUGCCUUUAAAAUAACGGUUCUGUUCCGGAAGAGUAUAAAUCACUUCCGGUUCUGUUAGGAUUUUUUCGGUUUUCUGUUCUGUUCCCUGAACCGGUUCCACCCCUUGCUGGAUUGUUAACCCUGGUCAGAGUAAUGGUCAUUAACUAAUACACAUUAUACAACUUGUUGUAUUAUUAUUUUUUGUUUAUUUGGAUUUAAACUGGGGUUUACAUUAUUUAAUUGUGUUUGACAGGCCUGUGGUCUGACAGAGAAUGAUGUCACUACGAUAAAGCUGCUCAAUGAGACCAGAGACAUGCUUGAAAGGUAAGCUGGAGGCCUGUCACUCAUUGACCCUUAUUUAGAGAGGCUUAUCUUGCACGUGGGUGUGCUGAACUGUCCUCUCUGUCCUCCAGCCCGGACUUCGGCACUGUACUCAACAUCUGCCUGAACAGGGGCUUCAACCGUUUCCUUGACAACAUGGCAGAGUUUUUCCGGCCCCCACCCAGAGCACAAGGAGACUCCACCCUGAGCACUACACCUGAUAGGUCUGUUUUUUUGUGGAUGACUUUUGUUGGCAGCAAUUUAUGAAGGUCAUCUUGUCAUAGUAAAUCACUUUCUGAAUGCCACAUAAAAUGAAAAAACACAACCUUUUUGUAUUAAAAUUAAUCUGCCUAUCAAUUAAUGUCCGCUCCAAAAUCUCUUCCAGUCUCUCGCAUGUAAGUCUCCCAGUUGCCAAAAUCAUCCCCAUUGUGAAUGGACAGAUCCACUCGAUCUGCAGUGAAAUACCAAGUCACUUUGUACAGGUAAGAGCUCAUUUGACUUUUGGAAGGAUUUCCAUUUUUGAAUCACAGCAAGUUUUUUAAGAAGUCUUGAGUCUAAGACUGACACAUUUCCUCUUUGCAGGAUCUCCUGAUGAUUGACCAGGUGAAGGAGUUUGCUGCCAAUGUGUAUGAGACAUUCAGCACAUCCCAUGGACUGCAGAAAUAAGGGAGUUGACAUAUUCCUGGUAGACCUGGCCCUCUCUGCCUCCUGUAUCUCUGCAUGACGCUGCCUGCUGUGGAUAUCACGAAUGGAGGAAGAAAUGCACUUAUUCUCUGUACCAAGUCAGAAUACUUGAGGAUUGAGUCCUCAGAAAGUUACGGUUCACUGUCCUUGGUGAGAGAUGUGUUCCAUUGUGGAAUGUAAGGCCAUGAACGGCUGACAUCAAGGUCAAAUACCCACUGCAUCUUGGGAAGUUGAGUUUUUGGCUCACGGUUUAUAAAGUCAGCCAGCCAGACUCCCCUGAAUCAAAGUAACUUUCCUGUGCCAUGAAAAAUAAAGAAAAUCCUGAAAGCCUUGUUCCACUUUAUAUAGACGUUGUGUCGAUACAUUAAGCAUAAGUUGAACCGCUGUCGGUUUGAAUUUGAACGGAUGUCUUCUAUUUUCUCCUUUCUAUUACUGUUGUUGAAGAGUCAACCUGUACCUAACAUUUUGACCUUUCAUCUACAAAUAUCAACAGUGUUGUCAUCUAGGCUGCAAGUUCUCAUUCCGCCUCAGUCUAAUUCCUGUUUAACAAUGUUAAGUAUUGUUUAAUACAUAAUUCUGCACUAUUGACUUUAUCUACUUUGUCUCUUUGUUUGAAAUGUCAUUUUCAAGGUGUAUUAUUUUCUUAAAUCAUGGAAAUUGGGAGAUUUCAGAGGUGAGAAUGUAGGCCUAUGUAUUAUAUAUUUUGUAACAUAACAUUCUAAAUGACAACAGAAAAUGUAAGUACUGUAGCGUUGACAUUGAAAAUGAUAAAGUAACACAUUAUUUAAUAUAUUCAGUAUUACUUU